AUGGACUCUCAAGGUUCCCCCUUAGCCAAUAAACGUCGUAUUGACCAAGAUGACAUUUCUGACAAGCCCGCUGGAGUUCCCACAAGCAAUGAUGGCAACGAACCAACCGCCCCCAUCCCCUCAAAAAAGAAGAAGUCAGUGAAGUUCUUACUCCCAGCAACCGAACGACCGCCCCCGCCGAAUCGAACACACGACUCCUCGACAACUGAGGGCAAAAAGGCGUUGCGUUUUCUGCUGGACAAUGGGGCUCUCUGGCGCCCUAGCAAUUAG